UAGAGUCACAAUCAUAAUUUGAACAUAUCAUUUUCAUACAUCUUCUUUGUGCUUUUCAACAAGUUUGUGUCUUGGAUGUGGUCCAUGAUGGAGAUGCCUAGGGAUUUGCUCUUGCUUCUAAUUUUGCAGUUGGUUACAUGGAACACCUCAGUGAUAUGUAUGGAGCCUUCCCCCAACGCCACAUCUGGGCCCUCUUCCCAAUCUGUCCAGUUCAGAUGUGGAAACACUGUAUGCCCAGCAGGCAUGGACUGCAUCAGUAAUAAUGGGUUCAUCAGCUGCGCUGACCCCUGUGAGCGCUACACUGAGCUGCACAAUGACUGGCGGUCGACAGAUAACACAAUAAAUCUGAAACCACACUGUGACAGAGAUGUUAACUGGCAAGACUGGUAUCGUCUGUUCCUGAAUAAAACCAGUGCCCACGUUCCCGAGAGGUUUGUUCAGAGAAACAGUUGUGGAACACACGCUCCUCUAUGGAUUACAGAGCCUCAUCCCACACAGCCAGGUGUGGUUGUAAAUCGGACUGUUUGUAGUCACUGGAGCUCCGGCUGCUGCUCUUUUAGUUCACACAUCAUCAACGUCAAACUCUGCAACGGAAACUACUACGUCUACAAACUGGUGAAGCCGAGUAAAUGCUCUCUUGCCUACUGUGCAGAGGUGAACAGAACAGACGUUGCAACUCCUUUGACCACUGCUGGUCCAGGACAGCAAGGCACCUCUCAAACAGCAGCAGUGCACCACACCAAAAAUUCACCAACCAGACCUGAUCAAGUCUUUCAAACUAUCACCUCUGCUGCACCAACAUCUGACACCUCUGGAACAACAGCUGUGGACAACAGCACAGGAGACGAGGGACAGGUCCGCCUGGCCAAUGGAGCAUACAGCUCCUGCUCUGGCAGAGUAGAGAUCUUCCUCCGUGGACAGUGGGGGACAGUGUGUGAUGACCAAUGGGACCUGGUUGAUGCUCAGGUGGUGUGCAGACAGCUGGGUUGUGGCAGGGUCCUGUCAGCACCACAAAGUGCACGGUUUGGACAGGGCAGUGGACCCAUCUGGUUGGACGAUGUUGUUUGCUCCGGCUACGAAUCAAAGCUAACCGAGUGCCGGCACCCAGGGAUUGGAUCUCACAACUGUGGUCACAAUGAGGAUGCUGGUGUUGUUUGUGAAGUUCAACCAGGACCAAACUCCACAGUUUCACCAACCACACCUGAUCCAGGAUCUCAGGUGCUCACAUCUGGCACCCCUGGAACAACAGCUGUGGACAACAGCACAGGAGACGAGGGACAGGUCCGCUUGGCCAAUGGAGGAAACAGCUCCUGCUCUGGCAGAGUAGAGAUCUUCCUCCGUGGACAGUGGGGGACGGUGUGUGAUGACCACUGGGACCUGGUUGAUGCUCAGGUGGUGUGCAGACAGCUGGGUUGUGGCAGGGUCCUGUCAGCACCACAAAGUGCACGUUUUGGACAGGGCAGUGGACCCAUCUGGUUGGACGAUGUUGUUUGCUCCGGCAGCGAAUCCAAGAUGACAGAGUGCCGGCACCCAGGGAUUGGAUCUCACAACUGUGGUCACAAUGAGGAUGCUGGUGUUGUCUGUGAAGGAAACAUAUCCUGCUCUGGCAGGGUAGAGAUCUUCCUCCUUGGACAGUGGGGGACGGUGUGUGAUGACCAAUGGGACCUGGUUGAUGCUCAGGUGGUGUGCAGACAGCUGGGUUGUGGCAGGGUCCUGUCAGCACCACAAAGUGCACGGUUUGGACAGGGCAGUGGACCCAUCUGGUUGGAUGAUGUUGUUUGCUCCGGCAAUGAAUCAAAGCUGACUGAGUGCCGGCACCCAGGGAUUGGAUCUCACAACUGUGGUCACAGUGAGGAUGCUGGUGUCGUCUGUGAAGUUCAACCAGGACCAAACUCCACAGUUUCAACAACCACAGCUGAUCCAGGAUCUCAGACCUUCACCUCUGCUUCGCUCACAUCUGGCACCCCUGGAACAACAGCAGUGGACAACAGCACAGGAGACGAAGGACAGGUCCGCCUGGCCAAUGGAGGAAACAGCUCCUGCUCUGGCAGAGUAGAGAUCUUCCUCCGUGGACAGUGGGGGACAUUGUGUGAUGACCACUGGGACCUGGUUGAUGCUCAGGUUGUGUGCAGACAGCUGGGUUGUGGCAGGGUCCUGUCAGCACCACAAAGUGCACGGUUUGGACAGGGCAGUGGACCCAUCUGGUUGGACGAUGUGGUUUGCUCCGGCAACGAAUCAAAGCUGACAGAGUGCCGGCACCGAGGGAUUGGAUCUCACAACUGUGGUCACAAUGAGGAUGCUGGUGUUUUCUGUGAAGUCCAACGCCCUCCACUCCAGCCUCCUCAGCUCAUCUGUGGACUUGAUAAAAUCCAAAUGGGGCUAAAUAUGGCUGCCAUAACUUCCAUGGGUUUGAACCCACUCUCCGGAAACCUGGCAGUUCCAAACUGCUCCUGGGUCAGAAUGCAUAAUGAUGUAGUUUGGUACGAGGUGGACGCUCAGGCAGGUGCCUGUGGAAACACACUGAGGACCAACCGUACACAUGCCAUCUACUCCAAUGUUUUAUUCCUCUACCGAGGAAAUGUGUCCUUCUCACGUCCUGUGAGUCUUCCCUUCUCCUGUGCGUAUCCCCUCGACACAGACACCAGCAUGAAUGUGGCAGUCAGACCAGUGCUGCCGUUUGCAGUUGGCCUCUCAGGCUUAGGAAGCAAAGCUCGAGCCUCCAUGUCUCUGUUCCACACCUCCAACUUCACUCAGCCUUAUCCAUCUGGCUUGAUCACGCUCCCUGUGGGCUCACCUCUGCAUGUGGGCGUCUCUGUUUUAGUCAGAGACCCAAGCUUUGUAGUUGUCCUGGAGAACUGCUACGCCUCUGACUCAUCAAACUCCAAUGAUACCGCACGAUACUUUUUCAUCCAGAACAAGUGCCCCACUGACCGACAGCAAGUGGAAGUGAUCGAGAGCGGCUCGUCCCGACAGGCUAGUUUCUCCGCCGUGUUUUUCCUGAUCCACGGUGAAUACAGUGACAUUUACCUCCACUGCAGCCUCAGCCUGUGUGACCAGGGGAGCUCCCGCUGUGCCCCAUCUUGCAGAAGAAGGACAUCUCGCUCUGUUUCCAGCUCUGCUCCUCUGAGGCCCCUCACCAUUGGACCAAUCACUUGGUCAUCUGAGUGAGCUGGUAACAUAUAAUACAUGCAUAAUAUAAUGAGUUUUUAAUAACAUAAACUAAUUUCAUAGUGUGAUAUUAUUUUGUGUUUGAAUUCCUUUAAUCAUAAAUCGAUGAUGAAAAAACACAUGUUACAUUGCAUAAUUGAAUCGUAACACUGGUUUUCCUGAUUUGUAUUAGCUGUGUAAUGAGGUGUGAAAAUGAUUGAAGAAAAUAAAAAUCAACAUCAGAGUA